AUGAAGGAAAGCUUUUCAAGGCCCAAGCGCUUGCUAUGUUUGGCUCUGGGAAAAUGUAAGUCAAGCUUCAACUUGGAAAAGGCGAUUUGCAACCAUGGCCUUUUCAUGAUGGCUCCAAACAAGUGGAUUCCAUCAACUAAAUCUCUGCAACGUCCCCUAAGACUUAUUGACCAACAUACCAGUGUCACUGUCACCAUCUCCCAUCUUCCUGGGGAACCCAAUCUCCAUAUCUAUGUUCAUCACAAGCAAGCCCUAUCUCUGGAAAACCAGCAAGCAAUAUUGGGACAAGUGGCACGAAUGCUAAGGAUAAGUGACGAAGACGAAAAGACAGUGAACGAGUUGCAAGAACUUUAUCCACAAGCGAAAGAAGAAGGGUUUGGUAGAAUAUUUCGUUCUCCUUCGAUUGUUGAAGAUGUCGUCAAGUCUAUACUGCUUUGCUAUUGCUCGUAA